CGCUAUCUUCCUCCUCUAUCGAUCCCUGAUCGAAAGGAAAUCAAAAGCAAGCAAAGAGCAUGUAGAUCCAUGACGUGUGCCCAUGGAUGCGACCUCACCUGCCCCCUCCCGCCUAUAAACCUGCCGUCGACCACACCACCUCCCAAGUGGACUCCUUCAUUCCAUUCCGUUCCAUUUCCAUACGUUUCUUCCUCAAGUCAAGUGGCUCUCGAUCCCACCACCAACAUCUUCUGUCCGUAGACCGUAGCUUCCUGGUGCCUGCAGGUGGUAGCUAUCUUCCGUGUUCACAUCUCCAUCGAUGAAGACGAAGCAGGCUUCCAAGGCCAAGGCGGCGCCGUCGCCGGGGAAGGAGGAGGAAGCAGUUGCACCGGGGGGUUUCCGGAAGGGACCAUGGACGGAGCAGGAGGACAUGAAGCUGGCGUGGUUCGUGCGGCUCUUCGGCGAGCGCCGCUGGGAUUUCUUAGCUAAGGUGUCAGGUUUGCAAGGUGGCGGGUGACCCAUGCCGUGCCAUGCGAUGCCAUGCGUGCGCCUCCACGCAUGCAUGCAUGCAGGCAUGCAUGGGACCAAAAUAUGAUGUAGCCAUGGUCCUUUGUGUGCUAACGCUCUCGCUCUCCGCCGUCCGGCACCUCCCGCUCUUGUGUCUGCCUUGCCUACAGGUCUCAACCGGACGGGGAAGAGCUGCCGGCUCCGGUGGGUCAACUACCUGCACCCGGACCUCAAGCGCGGCCGGAUGAGCCCCGAAGAGGAGCGCCUCGUCGUCGACCUCCACGCCCGCUGGGGCAACCGCUGGUCCCGCAUCGCCAAGGCCAUGCCGGGCCGCACCGACAACGAGAUCAAGAACUACUGGCGCACCCACACCCGCAAGCUCCACAAGGACACGCGCGCCGCCUCUGCUGCUUCGGCCUCCACGACCACGACCACGUCCACGUCCAUGUCGGCGGCGUCUCCGGCCACCACGUCCAGCUCCUCCUCCUCCUCAACGAACGACAACGAUAACCACUCGCAUCACGGCCACGGCGACCAAGAGACGGCGGCCAGCCAGGAACAAGCAGAUCACCAGCUGCUCUACACCUCCGGCAUCGGCAUGGACAGCCACCUCCUUUGGAACGACGCCCUCAUGGACUCCUACGCAUGGGGAGCGGCCGCGCCGUCUAUGAUAGUGCCGCCGCCUUCAUCGCCGGUGUGGGACUACUGCUGCUCGGAUUCGCUCUGGGGAAUAGGUGACGACGAGGUCGAGUACAAGAAGAUGCUCGCCGUCGCCGGUGCCCCAUGAUAUUUUAUCAUACAUCAUCGAUCUUUCCUUAGUCAAUUAUAGAUGCCAACUAGCUGAAGAUGCUUACGUGCAUGCGUCCAAGUCAUAUCCUAGCUGAGACGAGACUUAAUAUGUACCAGUGAUCCAUCAGUGCAUGCCUGCCUUGGGAUUUAUGCUUUUGUACAUGUAAUCUAGCUCCAUGUGUAUGUAUGAUAGAGUAAUAAGUACACAUAUGCAUGUAGUUAUUUGUAUUAGUAUAAUUUUUAAUAUCUCCUUAAUGUUUUAGCAAUGUAUAAUAGGCUACUAGUUGUACUACACAUAUACUAGUCCUUGAGAAUUCAGAUGGACUUUGUAAAGAAAUAAAGAUUUGACCACCAUGAGUA